AUUUCAUUUUAAUUUCGUGUUUUUCACAGAACAAACCCCUCUUCCCCUAAGUCUUAACCAAUGAUUAAGCCAACUGUACAUCUACACGCCAUGCCUCUUCCCAGUACUUUCUCUCUCUAGAAACCCUAGCCUUGAGCAUGAAUUAUUGGAAUGGUUGAAUUCGUUGUUUUCGUUUCCUGGCAAAAUUUCGGAAAAUAUGGCGAUCGUGACGGGAGAUAGGUACCUGGAAUCGCUGGUGAAGUUCGUGGAGAAGCAGGCGGGGCCGUUGAUCGAAGGGAGUGUGGUGCUGAAACUCAACCCCGUGGGCCUUCACUAUGUGCAGUCGAGGCUCGAGGCGCUUCAUGAGUUGGAGAGUCUUCUCGCCGGUGCCCCGGUUGAUUAUCUCCGGGCCUACAUCUCCGACCUAGGCGACCACCGAGCGCUCGAGCAGCUUCGGCGGAUUCUGCGCCUGCUGACCUCGCUGAAGGUCGUGUCAGUGCUUCCGCCGUCGGUGAGGGAUCCGACGAGGCUGUCGUUGUUGCCGUUUGGGCGGUUGAGGGUUUUGGAGCUCCGCGGGUGCGAUCUAUCCACUUCUGCUGCUAGGGGGCUUCUUGAAUUGAGGCACACGUUGGAGAAGAUCAUUUGCCAUAAUUCUACUGAUGCUCUUCGGCAUUUGUUUGCAAGUAGAAUUGUGGCAAUAAAGGACUCACCACAGUGGAAACGAUUGUCAUUUGUUUCAUGUGCUUGUAAUGGCUUGCUUCUCAUGGAUGAGUCUUUGCAACUUCUUCCUGCUGUUGAAACUCUUGAUCUAAGCAGAAACAAGUUUUCAAAGGUUGAUAAUCUACGGAAGUGUACAAAAUUGAAGCACCUGGAUCUUGGGUUCAAUCACCUGAGAACAAUAUCAUCAUUUAGUGAGGUCUCUUGUCAUAUUGUUAAACUUGUUAUGAGGAACAAUGCUCUAACUACGUUGCGUGGGAUUGAGAAUUUGAAGUCACUUGAAGACCUUGAUCUUUCCUACAAUGUUAUUUCCAAUUUUUCAGAGAUUGAGAUCCUUGCUGGCCUUCCAUCUCUACGGCGCUUGUGGUUAGAAGGAAAUCCAAUAUGUUGUGCCAGAUGGUAUCGAGCACAAGUAUUCAGUUUUUUUGCUCAUCCAGAUAAAGUGAAAUUAGAUGAAAUGGAAAUCAGCACAAGAGAGUUUUGGAAGAGGCAAAUUAUUAUUGCCAGUAGGCAGAAACGGCCUGCUAGCUUUGGAUUCUAUUAUCCUGCGAGAGAGGAUGCUGGAGAAGGGGGUAUAAGCACAAAAAGGAAAAAGCUAUCUCGACUUGCUUGUAUUGAGACUGAGGGGAGCAUGUAUAUAUGCUCUGACCAAGAUUCAGUGUCAUGUGAUAAUGAGGUCAGAAGUAAAGAGGAUAAUGCCAUUUCUGAUGAUGAAGCCGAAAUAGUUGAUUUGAUGAAAAGAGUUGAGCUCAUGAAGAAGGAGCGUUCCGUUCUUUGGUUGCGGGAGUUUAAGGAGUGGAUGGAUCUGGCUUCUGACAGUUUUGCAGAAGGCAAUAAAUAUGGGUCUGUCUUGGAUUCUGGUACAGAAAAUUAUAUGAGAAAGAAGGCUGGUCAAAGGCAUCUUGGUGAAAGCUCAAGAUAUGUCUCAGACUCUGUUCAAGCUUCAGGGGAUGAAAGUGGCACGGACAUAUUGGAAUCUAAUAACUCCUUUGCAGAUAUCUCCAUAGGUUUGGUUCCUCAAUACGUUGAUCGUAGUGGUGAAUCAGGUUCUAUGUUUGCAUUGAGGGACACUGGUGUGGAUGCUAUACAGGAUCAGUCAAAAUCUUAUUCACAUGAAGGGAUUAAUUGUGUGCCUGUGAAAGCUAAAGACUCACAUCUUAAUGCCCUUACCGCUCAAGGUAGUAAUAGGAUGGUUCCAGAUGUCAGUGUCACACCAUUGACUGUGAUUGAUGAUAUCGUGGAGUCUCAUUUGUCCUCUGAUUGCCCUGGAUCACCUCCGCAUUAUCAAGAGGACCUUCUGCAUCGCCGCCACAUCUUAGUUGAAGAUAUUUUGCAGCUAUCUGCUGAAUCCUAUUCAGUGGCAUCAUCUGAUAGCAAUACAAGUGACAGCAAUGAUCUCUGUGAAGUUGAAUCAUCCGUAUCUGAAGUUGAGCAAUCAGUAAAUGAAGAAAUUUCCAAUAGGAGUGUGGGGCACUCGUUGACCACUUUUUUUGGUAACAUUUAUUAUGAACAAAGACACCAAAUUCCACUGGUAAGAGAAAAUGGGAGAUAUUUAUUAGAUUCACAUGCUGGACAAGCCUCUGCCACUCUGAAACUUUUAAAACCGGAGCAAUCUCUGCAAUUGUGCAGUAAUGAUUUUUGUGCUGGUGCUCAUGAUGGUGAAAUUGCUAGUCUUUCAAACGAAGAAGCUGAUUGGUUGGACAAGAAAAAGUGCAAAAGGAAGCCAAGAAAAAUUGUUUCAGUAUCACAGAAUAAUAUGGUUGGGAGGGCAGAAGACUCACAAACAUUAGUUGGCAAUCCAGAUUUUUGUGGAGGUGAUAUGGAAGAUGAACAAGGAGAACAGAUUUUUGGUUGGAAUUUUUGGGACGGAUUUGUUGAUGGGGAACAGACUUGUGCAAGUGCAACUAUAACCCCACUUAUUGAUGAUGCUGGUAGAAUCCUUUCGGGAUUGAGAGGGCCAACUACUGGGGCUGAUGAUUUCAUUAAGAACUAUUUCAAUUUAAACAUUGCGGAUUCAAGUGUUAAUGAAACUUGUAAGCAGUAUAUGCGGUCUAGUUGUUUUCUUGAGCUGGAAUCCAGGUACACAGAAAGAGAAGUGGCUAUACUACUGAGCAGUGAACACAAGUUGUAUGUACUACUCGUUGAUGUCACGUUUGAUGGGUCAGGAACCAUCUUAAAACUUUUGGGUUGCCACAGGCUUGAAGAUGUUAGAGAGGUUUUGGUUGGUGUAGGACUUCAGGUUGUGAGGGUGUAUAUUGAGAGGGAUGCAGCAUAUAUGUUUCUAACAAGGAGUAUGGAGAAAUCAAGGCAAUUACUGUGUACCUUGCAAGUUGUUGAUUCAAAUGAAACAUGCAGCAAAUGUUCUUUGAGGAGUUUGGAGCAGGUUCAGGUGGAAUUGUUUGAGAAACAUAUAUGUGGAGGUUCAAAAAUAAGCAUAUUCCAAUAUUCUUUGGUGCUUUUCUGGCGCAAUAAUAUUGAAGAUGAAUUAUGGCUUUCAAGGUCACUAUUUGUAAUUGGAGGACAUUUGCUUGUGUGCAUUGAAGACUUCAUGCAAUUUAGCGCUCUUUCAAUAGAUGCAUCUUCAUCAACAUAUUUCUCCCUUGAUUCAUGCUGCUCCAUCACUGAUGUAUCUGAAAUGGUGAUUGAGGCGAGGGAGAGUCAGUGUGUUACCUUGGCUCUUGUACGAGCCACGUCAGAGUUGUGCCCAUCAACCAACACAGACAAGGAGCAGGUGGGACUUGAUAAAGAAAAGACAGCUUCGGGGUCUCUGACAUGGAAGCUCAAGUGGUUCUCAGAAGAGAGUCUAUUCAAGUUUGUGGCACUCUUUAAGGCAAUCCAUGCAGGAGCCACCAUGUCCCCUUUACCAGUAAGAUGUAUAUCAUAAAACUCUUAAUUCAUUUAGUCCUUUUUUAAUAUCUUUUUGGGUGGGGGGUGGUGGGGUUGGUUUCAUAUUCAUUUCAUUCUUUGAUUUGGGUGUUUCCCUUUAUUUUUUUGAGUUCAUGUAGUGUGGUGAGCAAAAGUAGCUUUUUUUUGGGGUAUUCUUUAAUGAUUUGUGUCUUGUUUUAGGCCUGUAAAUGAAACAAAUUGUACAGAAUAGAACAGUGAACAAAAUCGCAUUGAUUCAUUCCCUUUUCACUAAAAA